AUGCUUGGACUUGCCAAAAGAGUCAAGGCAAGGUUCUUGAUUACAAGCACUAGUGAGGUUUAUGGAGACCCUCUUGAGCAUCCUCAAAAGGAAGCGUAUUGGGGACAUGUAAAUCCAAUAGGUGUUAGAAGUUGCUAUGAUGAAGGGAAAAGAACGGCUGAAACAUUAACAAUGGAUUAUCAUCGAAAUGAAGGUGUUGAGGUCCGGAUUGCACGAAUUUUUAACACAUAUGGUCCUCGAAUGUGUCUAGAAGAUGGACGUGUCGUUAGCAACUUUAUUUCACAGGCCAUUCGCAAACAACCCAUGACUGUUUAUGGUGAUGGAAAGCAGACACGAAGCUUUCAAUACGUUUCAGAUUUGGUUGAUGGACUCAUGGCUCUCAUGGAAGGUGACCAUGUUGGACCUUUCAACUUGGGAAAUCCAGGAGAGUUCACCAUGUUAGAGCUUGCUCAGGUGGUGAAAGAAACUAUUGAUGCAAAUGCUUCGAUUGAAUUCAAAGAGAACACUGCUGAUGAUCCUCAAAAAAGAAAACCCGAUAUUAGCAAAGCAAAAGAGCUACUAAAUUGGGAGCCCAAAGUAACACUAAGAGAGGGUCUACCACUAAUGGCAUCAGAUUUCAGGGAUCGAAUCUUGAAAGAAAUAGAAGGCGAUGAUGACAAAUAA